AUGAGAGCGGAUGCGCGCGGAAUGCGAGCGGAUGCGCGCGGAAUGAGAGCAUCCAUCCGCCUCUCCCCAUCCGCCGUCCCCCAUUUUCCUACAUACCCGCCUUACUACCCCCAUACGCGGAGUCCGCGUUCCCCACAUCCGCCUUCCCCCACAUCCGCCUUCCUCCGCAUCCGCCUUCCCCCGAUUCGCCGUCCCACCAUUCCCCAUCCACCCAUUCGCCGUCCCCCCUUUCGCCGUCCCUCCAUCCGCUCGCAUCCGCCUACCCUCCUACGCUGUCCGCUUAGGCGCCUUCCCCCAUCCUUCUCCCCUGUCCGCCUUCCCCCAUCCUUCUCCCCUUCCCCCUCCGCCUUCCUCCAUCCGCUGUUCCCCAUCCCCCUUCCCCCGUCCCCUUUUCUGCAUGCCGGUCCCAUCAGUCAACCCCCAUCCGCUGCCCGCCACCUGCAUUUCCCCAUCCACCCUGCCCAUCCGCCAUUCACCCAUCCGGUGUCCCCUCAGCCGCCGCCCCCCAUCCGUCUAUCCCAUCCUUUUCCCCCAUCCUUGUCCCCCAUCCUUUUCCCCCUUCCUUUUCCCCCAUCCUUUUCCCCCAUCCUUUUCCCCCAUCCUUUUCUCCCAUUCUUCUACCCCAUCCUUUCCCCAUCCCCAUCCUUUUCUCCCAUCCUUUUCCCCAUCCUUCCCCCCCAUCCUUGUAUCCCAUCCUUUCUCCCCAUCUUUUUCCCCCAUCCUUACCCCCCAUCCUUUCCCCCCAUAAUUUUCCCCAUUCCUUUCCCCCAUCCUUUCCCCGCAUCCUUUUCAACCAUCCUUUUCCCCCAUCCAUUUCCCCCCAUCCUUUCAUCCCAUCUUUUUUCCCCAUCCUUUUCUCCCAUCCCUUUCCCCCAUCCGUUUCUCCCAUCCUUUCCCCCCAUCUUUUUUCUCCCAUCCUUUUCCCCCAUCUUUUUCUCCCAUCCUUUUCCCCCAUCUUUUUCCCCCACGCUCGCCCCUCACUCACUCGCCCACUGCCCUGGUUCACUGUGCUGGUUGCAGCAUGGAUGCUCGCCCUGGUUUGCAGUGCUGGUAGCGGCGUGGGUGCUGUGUGGGCUGGGCAUGGCCGCAUGGCUGGUCUACCGGAAGCACUCGCUGUACGUGAAUCAAAGGGAGGAGGCGCUGGGCGUGUGGUGCAAGGAGCGCGCCCUCUUGCUGCAGCAGCUCGUGCUCACCCAUGUGGGGCAGAUGCAGGUAAUGCUGUUGAAUUGGUGUUAG